AUGGAUGUAGCAACAGAUACUACAAGACGGCGUCUUGUUCCAUCAGAGAAGAACAAUGCAGCCGCUGUCACCACUCGCCGUCCUCGAACAGCAACAAUGGAGGUCAGUUCAAGAUACAGAUCACCAACACCAACCAAAACCGGACGGUGCCCUUCCCCAAGCGUCACAAGGCCAACAUUGUCUUCCACCUCUCAAUCCGUGGCUGCAAGAAGAGCAGUUUCAGCAGAGAGAAAACGUCCUUCAACACCACCAUCUCCGACCAGCCCCUCCACUCCUAUACGUGAUGUGUCUGUGGACUUACCAGCUUCAUCUAGAAGGCUAUCCACAGGCCGUUUGCCUGAAAGCUUAUGGCCUUCCACGAUGAGAAGCCUCAGCGCCUCGUUUCAGUCUGAUUCAGUGUCAGUCCCUGUUAGGAAGAAGGAGAGACCUGUUAGUAGCUCUCCUGUUGAUCGAACACUGAGACCUUCUUCGAAUAUAGCUCAGAAGCAGAAGGCUGAAACGACCUCUGUAUCAAGGAAACCUACGCCAGAGAGGAAAAUAAGUCCAUUGAAAGGGAAGAACAAUGCGUCUGAUCUUUCAGAGAACUCGAAACCUGUAGAUGGUUCUCAUAGUCGGUUAAUAGAACAGCAUCGGUGGCCUAGUAGAAUUGGCGGGAAGAUAAAUCCAAUUUCUUUGAACAGAAGCUUGGAUCUUGGGGACAGGGCUUCAAGAGGUUUGUCAACUUCAGGGCCUGUGAUGGGGAGGUCUCUUAGGAGAAUGUCACUACCUUUGCCCAGCAGUUCGAAGCCUUUGCAUAAAGCUUCUAGUGUCACAUCUAGUAAUGGUGGGUUAGUGUCUCCGACAAAGUCUGAAGAUAAUAACAUAGCUCGAACUUCUGGAGCUCAAAGACUAAUGUCUGCAAGCUCGUUAGAUAGAGCGACCUUAGCAACGGCUGUAGCUAGGCUGCAUCCAUUGUCUGGUGCUGGAUCUUGCCCUGCUUCACCAAGUAAAGCAUCGUUUUCGUCUUCAUCGUCUGUUUCCCGAGGGAUGAGCACUUCGAGAGGAGUGAGUCCAUCAAGAGGAGUAAGCCCUGCAAGAGGAUUGAGUCCUACGAGAGGUUUAAGUCCUGCAAGAGGAUUAAGUCCUUCAAGAGGGUUAAGUCCUUCUCGUGUCUCGAAUUCCUCCUCUUUUGCAAGACCAUCAACUCCACCUUCAAGAGGGGUGAGUCCUUCACGGAAUAGACAAACCAGCACUUCUACACAACCUAGUACCACAACUUCCGUUCUCAGCUUCAUCGCGGAUGUCAAGAAAGGGAAAAAGACAAACUACAUCGAAGACGUUCAUCAACUGCGUCUGCUUUACAAUAGAUAUUUACAAUGGCGGUUUGCAAUUGCGCGAGCUGAAUCUGUAAUGUACAUUCAACGGUUAACUUCUGAGGAAACUCUAUUCAAUGUGUGGCAUGCGAUAUCAGAACUACAGGAUGAUGUGACCAGCCAAAGGAUUGGCCUUCAACAGCUAAAGCUAGAGAUCAAACUUAACUCACUAUUAAACGAUCAGAUGGUAAGUCUUGAAGAUUGGGCCACACUUGAAAGAGACCAUGUUAGUUCUUUAGUUGGAGCCAUAGCAGAUUUAGAAGCAAACACUCUCCGCCUUCCAGCCACUGGAGGAACAAAGGCGGACGUUGAGUCUUUGAAAGCAGCUAUGUCCUCGGCUCUAGAUGUAAUGCAGGCUAUGGGAUCGUCCAUUUGGUCUUUACUCUCAAAGGUGGAGGAGAUGAACAAAAUGGUCUCAGAACUCGCUGUUGUAGUUACGAAAGAGAGUUCAAUGCAAGGCAAAUGCGAAGAUCUUCUGGCCUCAACCGCGAUCAUGCAGAUAAAAGAGUGUAGCCUCAUGACUCAUCUGAUACAAACUAGGAGAGAAGAAGUAGAAGAUUCUUCUACAGAGGAGACACCUCCAUUGUUGCCAAGCAAGUUUCCAUGGCCAUAA